AUGCAUCCAUUUCGAAUUUCGAUGGAAAUUGUUUAUGUUUGUAAUUGUGUUAAAAAUCGAGAGAUCAGCACUCACAAAAUCACUUACAUUCAGCAACGCAUUUUGAAAAAUUGCCAAUUUUCGUUUCGGUUACCAAUUCAAAAUGCACAUAUUAAUCUUCUUUCAGAAAUACAACAACAUUCUCGCCAAUCUCAACGGUUUCAACCAAAUGAAUUGACUCCAGACCAAAGUGGACCACAGGGAAAUCGCAUUUAUGCACAACAGUAUCAGCAACAAACAGUAAAUCAACAACAGCAACAGCAGCAGCAAUGGCAACAGCAACAGCAACAACAAACACAACAACACAUUCAGUUUGGAGACAGUGUGCAACAAGCGACACAAUUUAUAGAAGUGCCAAAAGGCGAUGAAUCGUUGCCUUGGCGCCGAUCAAAAACUCCAAAAAUUCGAAGUCGAAGCUUGCAACCUUUGCAUGACAUUGAGAAAUUGCCAUGGUUGCGAUCUCAUCGUGAUCGUUCGGUGCCAAAGCAACCGACAUUCUUGCAAAUGCAACGUGGCCGAGUGCCAGUUCGACCAUGGAUCGAAGAGGUCAUUAAAUUGAAACGAACUGAGCUACACCAGAAAGUGAUCGAACGUGCUAAGUUGGAGAAAGUUCAAUUGAAAGAAUCGCAAAUUGAACACAAAGAAAUCCCGCAUGAGGAACUGGAGAAAGUCGAUUUGAAGCACCUGCAAUGGGAUGCAGAUGCAUUAAAAUCUGGACAAAUAACACAAUUGGCUGAAUGGCAACAAGCUCUGCUUGCCGAUUCUGGCCUAACUAUGCAUGAUAUUGAACACGAAGAUCAAAUGACGAUCCUUGAAUUGACCAAGCAAAUCGAUGAAAUUGUUCACAGCGAUAAAUCGCAAGGUGUGCCCUGGGAAAUUCAAAAGAAACAACUCAAAACCAUUGAACGAGCACAAAAAGUUAUCGAUAAAUUCCAGGUGCAAGACGUUGAUCUGAAAUCAAUGCGCCAGCAAACACUUCAAGAACAUCGAAAAAUUUCAGCCGGACAGCGAUUGCAUACAGAGGAUUCAAAUGUAAUGCAUGUUAAUCAGCAAUCUGAUAUCCAAAUGCAUCGAUUGGACGAUCAACAAAGGUUUAUGUUACAGCAGCAACAGCAACAGCCAAAAAUGCAACCAUUGUCACAUACUGAGGAUAUUUCUGUUUUGAAAUUGUCUGAACAUACACAAUUGGAUAUGAGAACUAUUCAGCAAAUGGAACAGGAGACUCCGCAUAUGUGGCAGAGAGGUGGUAAGCAACAGAAAACCGACCAAGGCGAUCUAUCUUAUGUCGAAGAUUCCACAAUUUUAUCGCUAAAAAAGAAUGAACAAAUCACACAGAAAUACACCGAUUUGAGUGAAACUCCUGUCGGUUGGAGACGUGGACCGAAACCACAAGAGACUAUCCUAUCUGACUCGCAAGUAGAAAUGUCUCAGGUUGAAGACGAACAAACACAGCCACAAGAACAAGCUUUACCAUGGAUGCGUGGAAAGAAAAUCGCGAAAGCUGCUGCAUCUCAUGUUGAGGAUACGACCGUUCUGAAGCUAAAUGAGAGACAGGAAAUCACUCAGCAGCAACUGAAAUCAGAUGAAAAACCGGUGAUGUGGCAGCGUGGUCAAAAGCAACACGAAACUACCCAGCAUCAAGAAGAUGAAAUUACACAAUUUGUCAAGCCAGAGACCGAAGAAGAGAUUAAAGAGACGCCUGUUGCUUGGGAGCGUGGCAAAAAAGUGGCCAAAGGUACUGUGCCACAUGUUGAAGAUUCAACUAUUUUGAAAUUGGAUGAAACACAGCAACCAAUCCAACCGGAAAUUAUAAUGGACGAGACGCCAGUCAUGUGGAGACGUGGUCCAAAACCACAAGCAACACAAGCCACUGAAGAUACUGCUGAAGAACGCGUAGAGAGUUUGCCCAAGCAACUGCCUCCAAAGGAAAAACCCAGACCAUGGACAGAAGAACAGGUGAAAUUAAAGAAACCACAACCCAAACCCGUUGAGACCGAAGAAUCCAUUCCCAGAGAACCGACUUUACAAGAUAAACCCAGACCAUGGACAGAAGAACAGGUGAAUUUAAAGAAACUACAACCCAAACCCGUUGAGACCGACGAAACCGUUCAAAUGCGUAGAGAUAGUAUACCAAAACAACCGAACGAUGUCAAACCAUGGAAAGAGGAACAAGUAAAAUUGAAGACAGCUCGACGCGAAUCCGUCGAAAUCGAAAAAUUAAAACCAGCAAGAGAUGAGGUACAACUGAAGCCCAUCAAGCAAACUGCACCUCAACAACCAGCCGAGAUCGAAACGGUUGACGAGCAUAAAGAAGGGCCAGCCGCUCAAGAACCAAUGCCGCAACAACUGGAAGAAGAGAAACCUGUGCCAUGGCGUCGUGGUGAGAAAAAGAAACCGGUUGAAAAACAACCCGAAGAGAAACAAUGGCCAAUGGGAAAACGAAAGCCAUCAACUACCGACGAAGUGGAAAAGGUCGAAUUGAAACCAAUUCCACGCAAGAAACCAGAAGAACAAAAGCCAAAGGAACAACAAGAAUUGAAACCAGUCAAAAAGGAUGAAAUACCUGUCGAACAACCUACUGAGGUAAAAGAAACAUCGUUACCACAAAUUCGAGCAGGUAAAGCACAGAUUAAGGCACCGAAGUUCAUUAAGAAGCUCAAACCGGAAAUGUGCAAGCCGAACGAACCGACCAUUCUGGCCGCAAUCGUCGAGGGUACGCCAUUUCCCGAAGUUAAAUGGUUCUUCAACGAUGCCGAGCUACGUGCAACGGAGAACUAUGAGAUGAACGUUGUUGAAAAAACUGUCACACUGAAAAUCGCAAAAGUUACACCGGAACUGGUCGGCACCUAUACGUGCCAAGUCAAAAACGAAGCUGGAGUGGCAAUUUCACGCGCCAACAUCGCAUUGGAAAAAGAGUCUGGAAUUGCACCGAUAUUUACAAGACCAAUUGAAAUAACCUAUUCGGAAGAAGAAAACAAAAUCCUUGUAUCAUGUCAAGUAGAAGGCACACCGAAGCCAAAUGUUGUUUGGAAAAAGAACGAACAACAGAUCAUUCCAAGCGAAACCGUUCAAAUUCUAUACGAUGAAAGUACGGGUGAUAUCGCUUUAAUAUUGACUGAAGUACCCAUUGAAAUCGACAAGCCAAUCGUUUAUAAAGUCGAAGCUGAAAAUAGUUUUGGUAAGGCGAUUAGCAGAGCAGAAGUCAUGCAGACUGUGGAACAGCCGGAAGCCGUGAUUCCACAAGUUUUAAAAGUACCGCAUGUAACACCACUGGAACCACAAACGAUCAAGAACAAAGCUACUCUCACAAUAAGUUCAUCUUACGUUGGAAUACCCGAGCCCGAAAUCAAGUGGCUCAAGAAUGGCAAAGAAGUGGUGAUUGAUGACGAUGUUACAAUUACAAUUGAAAAUGGCACGAGUAUGUUAACAGUUCGCAAUGUUGAUCGAAAGCGAGCGGGCAAAUAUGAAAUCGUUGCAACAAAUGAAAUUGGAGAGUCUAGAGCUUCUGGAAGUGUUAUGGUAUCGGACGAUGAUGCACCAGAAGAACUGAUGCCACCACAUUUUAUUCAGUCACUUAAGCCCAAGACUGUGCUCCUGGAUGACGUUAUGAUUUUGGAGGCGUCGGUAAAAUCACAUCCAGGUUCAUCGUUCCAAUGGUUCUUCAAUUCAACAUCAAUCACACCAACUGAAACAAUGCGCAUCCAUUCGCAGAAUAAUAGAUCAGUCCUUUAUAUUGAUCGCUUCGUUGCUGAGAAUGAUGGAGUUUAUACCUGUCGGGCGGAAAAUGUUGCCGGCUCGGUAACUUCAAGUGCUUCCAUCAAAUUGGUGGAAUCCGAGAAUCAGCUUGAAGAAUCGAAUGAGUACUUAUCGCCUAGAUUCAUUAGGAAAUUGAAACCAGUACAACUAAUGGAUGGCGAAGCCAUGAAACUCACUUGCCGUGUCAUCGGUUAUCCAACACCAAAAAUAUCGUGGUUUAAUAACAAACGAUUGCUAACGCCAAAUAAAGGGAUCAUCAUUGUUCAGGACAGUAAUGGCUUCUGUGAACUAAAUAUGCCUGAAGUAUUCGUUGAAGAUGCUGGAAUUUACAGUUGUAAAGCAAUCAAUAAAUUUGGAAAAUCCACGACUAAAACUAAUGUUGUCAUUGAAGCAUACGAAUAUGUGCCGGACUCGGAAAUGACCAGUCAAACAAUAGGUUCACAAGAAGAUCUACUAGAUAAGACCGUGUCUAUUGAGGAGGAUACAUUGGUUGCGCCAAAGAUUGUUAAAAAGCUACCGAAGGUCGUGAAAAUGAAACAAGGAGAAGCUACUUCGUUGGAAGUUAAAGCAAUUGGAAAACCACAACCAACUCCAAAAUGGCUCAAGGCAAACGAAGAAAUCAUUCCAUCAGACGACUACCUCAUUGAAAACUAUCCAGAUGGAACUUCUGUGCUAACGAUAACAAAUGUUCAACCAGAUACCAUCGAUCAAAUUACAUUUGAAGCCGUUAGCCACGUUGGUAUCGCAAAAACUGCAACUAAAUUACACAUCGAAGAAAUUGUUGGUACAAAAGAAUAUCGACAGCCGGAAUGGGUUACUCAUAUGGAAGAGAUGCGUGAGGCGCUUAAAGAAAACAUCGAAUCGGAUGAAGCGGAAAAAUCAUUGCAAACUGUAAAGAAGAAAAAAAUUAAAACGGACAAAAAACACAAACGCCAUCAAAUCGAUAUCGAUCAUACAAGUGAAACUUUAGACGAAACAAUAACAAAAUCUAGUAUUAUCAGUGAACAAUCAUACAUUGAACACAAAGUCACAUCCGAAACACACGAACAAACCAUUAAAUCCGCAUCAUUGGAAGUAGCCCCUGAAAACACAGAUACAUUUGUAUUCGAUGAAAAAACCUUACCCAUGGCAACCGACACCGGUCCAAAACCUAUCGAAAUACUACCAAUUUUCCAUGCAUCGAACAUACAAGCCGCCAGUGUAAUUGAAAGCGAAACGUUUAUUCAUUUGACCGAUUCACCAACACAAAAAUGUCUUGUAAAUAUUAGCGAACGUACUCCGCUUGUUAUAUCUGAAAUUGAUGAAACAGAAACCGUAUCGACUAAAGAACAAGAAAAAACUGUGCCAUUGCAUCAAUUAUCGUCGACACUUAUCACUAGCUCUGCCGCUAUCAGCGAUCAAGUUAUUCCAUCGGAUAAUGUAAAUGUUUUCGAAUCGAAAGCAAUGCCAGCAACAAUUGUUGCAGAGUCAAGCCGAGUGUUGCAUGAAAGUAAAACCAUAUUCGAACAAGUGGCUACGAUAAAAGAAGAUUCAUUACCCAACACAUAUGCUCCCAUUCCUAAGCAAGCCACCAAAAGUAUUAGUUUGCAAAGUUCGAUUGAAAUACAAGAAGUUGAUGCUGGCGAGUCUGAGAAAGCUAUUCUCGACAAAUACGAACCAGCAAUUCAAAUUGCAACAUGUAGUUUGAUUUCGAAUACGGCUUUAAGUACACAGGAAACGCUCGUCGAAAAUGUUUCAACGAAAUUCUAUCCUGAAACGUUUAUUGCUACGGAAGAGGCAGUGCCGAAAUAUGUUGAGCAAAUUCCGUAUCGGACGCAAGAAAUUUGUACUGCUGAGGCAGAAAAUGCGCUAGAUGUGCAAGGUAUGCCUACCAAAAAACAAGCUCACCUUGAAUUCACCAACCUGCAAGCGAUCAAAAUAGAACAAAAUGAUAUUAGCGAAAGUGAAACUGUAUCAACACAUACGAUUUCCGCUGACCUAUUGGCCACGGCCAAAGAUACAUUUGACUUACACAAAGAAAUGCAAACUGGCUUCAUUCAACCCAUUGAUUCAAUUGUUCCACGUGAACCCAUGGCUUUCUCAACGAAAAGAGCCUCUCUAUCGGUGGAUGAAAUGGAUAGUAAACUAGUUGAAACUGUGAACGUGUUACAUAGUGAAAAACCAUUUGAUAUUAUUAAACCAACAAUGGAACAGGAAGCCAGUCCAAGCUGUGUAUCGCAAGAAAGUGUCGCUGUAUCAGAAACGAUAGUUCAAGAGAGCGAUUCCGAAUUCUUUCCGAUUGCGCUCAAUUUGGCAAAGGCAUCAAAAACCCAUGAAGUCUUUAAAAUUGCUGAGCAAAGUGACGAACAAACGCUACAUGCAACUGGUGAUUACCAUCGUAAAAAAGUGAACGAGACAUUUAAUGCCCAAGUAAAUUUUGAAUUGCAAAAAUCGGUAGUUCGCGAAGCAAUUGUCACUAAUGAUUCCGAGGAAGCUUUCGAAACGAAAUUACACACGACUCUACCACAUUAUAGCUUCGAUUCGAAAAUGAACAGUCCAAUAGUGGUUUCUGAAGUUCAAACACAAGAGGAUAGUGCACAGCUUUCGAUCGAACCAACAGUUCAAGGGGAGGCAACAACAUCUCAGGAACUGUAUAAAACUUACGAACAGCAAGAUGAACAAGUUCUUGAUACAACGUCUGAAUAUCGUGGCGAUAAGAAGAGUGUGGCAUCGAAUGCUCAAAUCAAUUUCGAACUACAAAAAUCGACAAUUGGCAAGACUGUUCUUGCUCACGACUUGGAGCAGAUAUUUGACACAAAAUUGAAAACCAAUGAACCACAUUAUUCAUUCGAAUCGAACCUCAAGAGUCCGAUUUUGGUUUCAGAGAAUCAGAUUCAUGAAAGUAGUAUCAAAUUCUCCACAAAGCCCGUGGUUUCAACCACUGCCAUGACGAUUCAAGAGUUGUGCAAAGCACCUGAGUCUAGCGAAAAUCAAACGCUUGAGUCGACUAAUGAUUUCCAACGAAAAGAUAAGCUGCAAGAAUCCACUGCACAAAUCAACUUCGAAUUACAGACAUCUAUGAUACGCGAGACGAUCAUUGCUCAAGAGUCGGAAAAGAAAUUCGAAAAGAUAACACACGGGAUUCACCCUAAGUACAGUUUAGCACCAACUAUCAAUAAUUCAAUAGUUGUAUCUGAGACUCAAACUAUAGACUCGGAAAAAUUGCUUGGAACCAAACCAAGUGAAACACAACAACAUUUGAAUAUUGUCGACUCUCCGAAGCAUUUAUCCCACGUUGGAAGUGUAAGUGAAACAAUUCUUUAUGAUUCACCAGAGAUUAUAUGCACGACGUUGGAACAACAAGUUUCAGCGAAAGAAGAACAUAUUUUACACCAUGAAAUAAAAGUAGAAAUUUCAACUGCAUCAGAAACCUUGGAUCGACUUGACCAAACAAAAAUGAGAGAUGAAAAGAAGGCCACUGCUAGUAUAAUGAAAAAGAAUGCGUUGAAUGUCACGGUCGAAGAAUCAGUUGAAUCGCUAGAUAAACUCAAUGUGGCUGUUCCAAAAGAACUAGUUCCAAAUUUCAAAGCAGAUAUGUUACCUGCAAGUUCGAUAGUUGUAGACGAAACCAAGGCGUUAGAGCAAACUUUUAGCCUUGAUAUGGACUCUUUGAAGACAGCUAGUGCAAUCGUUACGACAACGUUGCAUAAUGUUGCACAUAUAGAUGAAAACUGGCCGAUGGAAAUGCUGGAUGAUUUCAAACGAAGUGCCAUUGCUGCUGGUCAAAGACCAAACCAAAGCAUUGUUGAAUCAUCUGCAGUUGAAACAUCUACCAUUAUCAGUUCUGACAGCCUGGAAGAAUUCGAAGAGAAAUUAGAAAAGCCAAUUCAACCGAAAAUUUCGCUAAACGAACAAAAUAAAUUAGUUAUAGAAAAUAUAAUUUCUCAAGAAAUGGUAGAACAAAGUAAAUUCACAUUAACUCAAGACGUUGCACAGGGACACAUUGUAGAGAAUGUUGAAGAGCAACGUCGCUGUGCAUACUUACAACAAAAUACAUUUGAAAGCACUGUUCCACUGCAAUUAAAGAAUGUAGAACAGACAGUGUCUAUUACAGGAAAUGUGUCAGCGGCAUUAACAACGGCUAAUGUAGAAGAGAUACAAACCAUUUCAUUUGGAAAAACAUUCGAAGAGAUGAAACCAGAUCAACAGCAUGGCAAAGAAGUUCAAGAAACUUUCAAUGUGAUUGGACAAACUGUCCAGAAUAUUCCACUUGAAAGUGAAGAAAAUUUAACCAUAGAUUCAAAAACCAAAGCAGAAUAUCCGACAAAAUCCAUUGAAAGGAUGUCAUUUUAUGCUACAGGUGCAAUUGAAUUACUAGAAAAAGAGGGUGAAAUGGUAACUAAAGCUCAGAAAAUAUCACAAGUAGCGAAAACAACAACGGAACAUUCAUUGGCGGUAGCAAGUACUUCAGUUGAUACAGCUUUGACAAAUGUACAUUCUCAAGAGGCAACGAUCCUAGAAAAGCCAAUUAGAAGUGCCAUUUCUACGGUUGAGAGACCUUUUGAAGGCAUAAAUAGAGAAGAUAUAUUGAUACAUGAAAUGUUAAGCGAUGUAACUAUCGAAAAGGCAAGAACAUCGGUUGCCAAACCAACAUUGGAAUAUAAGAAAUCACUUCAGAUUGAAGGCAUUGGACCAUUUGACAAAGAAGGAAAACUUGAACGUAAAGAAACAGAAGAAAAAAUAUGUGAUCAAAAACUUGAAGACCACUUAAAAUCGGCUGUUUUCGAAAUAGUGCAACCGGUUGAAGAUAUAGGCAAACAACCCAAUUAUGUGAUGCAAACUGUCAAAGCGAAUGAAUUGGCAAGUGAAAUGAAUCAAAGCAUAACUUUUGAAAGCGUUUAUUUACAAGAACACACCCAUUCAAAUGAAUCAGCACAAGUAAUAAACAAAGUACCAACACAUGCCGUCAAGGUGAUCGAACAAAUUCCUUUGUAUAAAGACACCAAUUUUGAAGAAAAUAAAACAGAAAAAUUACUAAUCAAGCCACUAGUAGCAACACAAGAAACAACAGAACUAAAGAGCGCGCAUAAAGAAACAGAAAUUAAUACGAUUGUUGACAUUAAAACCAAUAAAAAAGCUGGCAAAAUUACUAAUAAAAGGGGUACAAAGAAAACAAUAAGAAAAACCGAGCCGAGCGAAGCAGAAGACACACCAGAAGAACACACAACACCACACACAAAACCCACAUACAAAAGCAAACAAACUGAACAUAUACGUAAAACAGAAAAAAUCAUUCAGCAAUUAUCGUUGGAUGAUACGCAAAAUAUUGAUAAUAUUCAAUUAGUAGAGGAAUUACCGGAAAGUGUUAUAGUACUAGAAACAGAAAAUGAAGAAGGGCUAAAGAAAAAGACAGUGGUGAAAAAACGAGUAAUCAAAAAACAAAAAGGACCAAAGCAAGAAAUUACUGAGAUCCAAACUGUAGAAAAAGAAGACGAGGCUCCAGUUACCACCGUAACAACAAGCGAAAUUGAGGCUCCAUUUGAAGUCGAACCGCAAGAUGCAGAAGUCGUACAAGAGCUCCCUGAAACAGUUAUCGUGUUGGAAGGUGAAGACGGUUCCACAAAGAAAACAGUGAUCAAGAAACGCGUCAUCAAGAAGAAGAAGGGACCCAAGCAAGAAAUUACUGAGAUCCAAACUGUGGAAAAAGAAGACGAAGCUCCAGUUACCACCGUAACAACAAGCGAAAUUGAG